CGGUUAACGACUUACGGGGGCUUACCCCGCGCAGUUGCGUUUACCAGGUGGGGUUCAAAAUCUGUGUCGCUCCCACCACCAACUUCACAUCACACGCGAAAUCUAGUAUGCCAAGAUGGCUGCCCAAGUUCCCACAGAAGCUUUGAAGAAGCUCAACGUGGGAGAGCCUGCGACGAACGGCAAGGCAGCGAAGCCCGCGGAGGGAAAUGGGGUCGACCACGACAGCGACGACUCGGAUGAGGAGGGCGAGGAUGUGACGGCACCUGCCGCCGGCGGAGCGGCCAAGAAGAAGAAAAAGAACAAAAAGAAGAAGAAGAAGAAGUCCCCGACCGCCCAGUCCGACCCGCCGCGCGUGCUCAUGUCUUCGCUAUUCCCCCAAAAGAACUACCCCAAGGGCCAGGAGGAGGAGUACCGCGACGAGAACCUCUACCGCACGACGAACGAGGAGAAGCGCCACCUCGACAACCUCAACAACGACUUCUUGACAGACUACCGCGAGGCCGCCGAGAUCCAUCGCCAGGUCCGUCAAUGGGCGCAGAAGAACAUCAAGCCCGGCCAGACCCUGACCGAAAUUGCCGAGGGCAUCGAGGACGGCGUGCGUGCGCUGACGGGACACCCGGGUCUCGAGGAGGGCGACGCGUACAAGGGCGGCAUGGGCUUCCCGUGCGGCCUGUCCCUCAACCACUGCGCGGCGCAUUACACGCCCAACGCCGGCAACAAGAUGGUGCUCUCGCAGGAGGACGUCAUGAAGGUCGACUUUGGCGUGCACGUCAACGGACGCAUCGUCGACAGCGCCUUCACCAUGGCCUUUGAGCCGCAGUACGACAACCUUCUCGCGGCCGUCAAGGACGCGACCAACGCCGGUGUCAAGGAGGCCGGCAUCGACGUCCGCGUGGGCGACGUCGGCGGCGUCAUCCAGGAGGUCAUGGAGAGCUACGAGUGCGAGAUUGACGGCGUGACGUACCCCGUCAAGUCUAUCCGCAACCUCAACGGUCACACGAUUGAGCGCUGGAGCAUCCACGGCACCAAGAGUGUGCCCAUUGUCAAGAGCAACGACACGACAAAGAUGGAGGAGGGUGAUGUUUUCGCCGUCGAGACGUUUGGCAGCACGGGUAACGGAUACGUCAGGGAAGAUAUGGAGGUGUCUCACUACGCCAAGCGUGGAGAGGGCCACGCCGCGCUCCGGUUAGAUUCGGCCAAGAGGCUGCUGAACGUCAUCAACAAGAACUUUGGCACCCUGCCUUUCUGCCGGCGUUAUCUGGACCGUCUAGGACAGGACAAGUAUCUCCUUGGUUUGAACAACCUUGUUGCCAGCGGCAUCGUCGAGGCUUACCCGCCCUUGUGUGAUAAGAAGGGCUCCUACACUGCUCAGUUCGAGCACACCAUCCUGCUCAGGCCAAACGUGAAGGAAGUAAUCAGCCGAGGAGAGGAUUAUUAGGCGGGGUGAAACCGGCCAAGGAUGGGUAUUGGCAUGGGUUUUCUUUUCACUUAUCGAGACUAUCGUUCAGAUAUACAUAAAAAAAUCCAAGCAAUCGAAUCCAAGGUCGCCCGCCGUAUCCAUGAUUUCGUUAUGUGUGCAUGAUUUGAUUGAAUUGCUCUUGAA